AUGGCGACGCUCUCCGGCGUAGAGCGCAUCCGCGCCAUCACAGACGAGGAUGGCAUGUUCAAGGCCUUUGACACGUACCCCUGGAAUAGGGAUAAGGCGUUCAUGUCCGGCCUGGAAGCGAUACUCGGCGAUCCCAAUACCGAGAACCCCCAGGGGUCACCUUCCGACCUCGCCAUCCACGCCCGGGUCUUCUACUACGCCCAGCGCAUCGGCGUCACCAUCGACUUCGCGAGGUACAAGGACUGGCUCGCGAGACGUCCGGACUACACGCCGCCCGACAUCCUGCCUGAGGAGUACAAGUCAACGAGUGCACGAGACGCCGCCACCGUUUCCGCGACAGCCGGCAGCAGCGGCGCAGACCCAGCGAACGAAGUCCCAGACCUGACCUCCAAACUCAACAACCUGAGCACCGGCAAAGACAAAGACGAACCCGCCGCCGACCCCGCCGCCCCGGAACCGGCGCCAUCAUGGCAGUCAGCGGCCCCUAAAGCAGAUCUCUACGUCGAACGCAACCCAGCUUCGCAAGCAGACGGGCCAGGCCAAGGAGGCGACGAGCCCGCGUACCCGAUUGGCUUCGCCCAGAUGCUCGAGAUGAUCCAGAAGGGCAUUCCCAUCCCCGGCAUUAGACAGAUCCCGGACACCGUGGUCAGGGACGCAUCUGUCAAACCCUUUGGGAAACGGGCAGCGCCCAGGAAACCUUGGGAGAAGGAUAUCACGACUGCAGAGUCCUCCUCUGUUGGAGUCAUCGAGAGUCCCUCAGUGGUUGAUCAUGAGUUUCCACCGCUGGAUGAUGUGGCGACACCCGAGGUCGAAACUGCAAUUAAGGAGACGUGA